AUGGAAUCCAGUUUCGUGGUUAGCCAUGCCCCAGGAUUGAUCCUGUCGAUCUUCAUCUUCUAUAUCCUGAUAAUUGUAUAUCACGAACGAAGGAACCCGUUGUCCGCGGUGCCUGGUCCCUUCCUGUCUAAAUGGACGGAUAUCGUUGUCCGAUACCAUUCGGUGAUCGGCAACCGGCCGCGAUAUGUGCAGCUGCUACAUCAUCAAUAUGGCCCGAUCGUCCGAGUCGGCCCCAAUGAAGUCGACGUCGGCGAGAUCGCGGCUGCUCGCGAGAUUCAUCGCAUCGGAAGCAACUAUCUGAAAUCGCCGCGAUAUCGGCUUCUCAAGCACGAUAAAACCGAAAGCAUCUUCAGUACUAUCAAUCCGAAAUUCCAUAGUAGACAUCGUAGGCUCCUUUCGGCACCUCUCUCGGACGCGAAUUUGCUCUCCCUGGAGCCGUCAAUCGAGGCACGCGUCCGCUUCACGAUGCAGCGCAUGCGAGAGGAGAUGGCUGACCGGGGGGUAGCGGAUGUCAGAAAAUGGUUCUUUUUUAUGUCGACUGACGUUAUUGGGGAAUUGACCUUUGGGGAGUCGUUUCAGAUGCUGGAACUAGGCAAAAAAAACCAGUACAUCGAAGACCUCGAACUGGCCGGCCUGCUGGCUGGCAUUCGGGCAUCGUUCCCCGCGGUGAUCACACUUGCAACCUUCCUGCCGCUACCCUUCAUCAGGGAAGUCAACGACAGUCGGACGCGAACGGAGGGAUACGCAAACGAGUCGAUUGGUCGAUACAAGAAGCUGCUCGCCGCCAACCCUAACAACGUCAAGCCGACCUUGUUCACCAAACUGUACAAUGCCGGCGAGGAAGGUUUGCCCGAUUCGGAAAUCCUCGGUGAUGCCGACGACUUCAUCUUGGCCGGCAGUGACACCACCUCCAUCACGCUGACUUACUUAGUCUGGGCGGUAUGCAAGGCCCCAGCCAUCCGACAAGCCCUCGUUGCUGAGCUGGCCGGACUUCCGGGCCAGUUUGGCGACAAGGAAUUGCGGGAGUUGCCCUACAUGAACCAGGUUAUUGACGAAGCUCUGCGCCUUUACCCGGCUGUACCUUGCGACUUGCCUCGUGUUGUGCCACCGCAGGGGGCAACUCUGGGAGGUCAUUGGAUCCCCGGGGGGAGCACUGUCACGACGCAGUUAUGGAGUCUGCAUCGGGAUCCUGACGUAUUUGCCCAGCCUGAAAGAUUCGACCCCUCCCGCUGGGCAUCACCCACCAAGGGGAUGAAAGAUGCUUAUAUGCCUUUUGGGGCCGGAAGCCGCAAUUGUAUAGGAAUGCACUUGGCCCGAAUGGAGCUGCGAUUGGCAACAGCUCACUUCUUCCGCCAGUUUCCGGACUCGCAGGUGUCGACCAAAGAGGGAAUGAGCGAUGCCGAUAUGAAGGAGGUGUUGUAUUUUCUGUUAUCGCCAAGGGGGAAACGGUGUUUGAUGGAGGUUCGAUAA